AAACGCAGGCCGAGGUUGAGAAAUGGAAAUCUCGUCUCGACGCCGAGACUUCCGAGAUCAUAGGCGAAAGUUAUGUUUACUUAGAUGGCCGUGCUAGCUCUUGUCGUCUGGAAGAGUGUAACCUAGGCAACCUAAUAACAGGAUGGUGCUGUAUACCAUUACAAGAAAUUGGAUCACAGAGACGUGAACAUGGUAAUAUGGAACAGCGAUAGUAUCGGAGACUCCAUUGAUAAAGGGAAUAUCACCGUCGGUGACGUCAUGAACGCUCUACCUUACGGCAACACGCUGGAUUUGCUUGAACUACAGGGUGUGUACAUCCGCGAGGCACUAGAAUAUGCCGUGUCUGAAUACGACGGAGUUACACAGCAAAACAGAUUUUUGCAAAUGUCAGGUAUACGAGUGACCUAUGACCUCACCAAACCAGCAUAUUCUCGGGUAUCAACAGCAGACGUUGUAUGCACAUAUUGUGAUAUACCUGAAUCAGUGCCCUUGGACGAUAACCUUGUGUACAAACUGAUAUGUAACAACUACCUUGCAUCGGGUGGCGGCGGCUUUGAUAUGAUAAACGACAAUAAACUAUCUCAAAUUACAGGUGCUGAUGAAAUUGACGUCAUUGUCGAUUACAUUUCAACCUUGACACCUAUGUACACUGGUAUAGAAAACAGAAUUAUCUUUGCUGAGGAAAUAGAAAAAUGUGACGUCAGCUCAUCUGUAAAACAGAACAUUGCAACUUUUGCAAUAUACUUGGUAGUACUGAGCAUGUUAUUAAAUACAGGACCAGUUUGGUAG